AUGAAGCGUCAAUAUCUCUCCCUCCUAGCAUUUGACGCUACAGCCGUCUUGGCUGCGCCUGGAAUCCAACUGGGCGAGGACAUCGAGGUCCGGGACAACUGCCCCCACGACAACCUUCUUCGGUGCCUCAUCGCCAGCCCCAGUAUCGCAAUUCCUUUCUGCAGUUCUUCGGCGAACGUACUGAUCUCUCUGCCGACCGUGACUGUUACAGUCACACCCACUUCCUUCGUCACUGCCACGGACGUGACUACAGAUAUCGAAACGGUGACUGAUACAUCUAUAGUGUUACUAACGGUCAGCCCGAGCUCGACAGCGGCCGAGAUACUAACCUCCUCGCCCCCGGAGAAGAGGGAGAGAAAGAAGUACUGCCCGGCGCCAAACUGCAUCAGAGCGUUGAACCCUAACCCAUCGUCCGCAUCGCAUGGAUGCUCUUGCUUCUCAGGAAGCUAUCUUGCCACCGCUUCGACGUUUACUUCUACGAUAACUGCCCCGACUGUUACAAAGGCGUCGCAGACCCUUUGGAGAACGAAGCUGUCGACGGCCACGGUUAUUGUUACAAUGUACGUAUAUGUUCGGAGUCAUUCUUAG